AUGCCAUUCUCAGUCUGGGAACAUCUGCCAGAGCAGCGAGGACGAAAACCGGUAAUUACCCACCACAAGCGACGCUGCACUGGCGAGGCUGGAACAGAAGGCGGGGCGCGGGGGGAAACGGGAGUGAGGGUUUCCUCACUUACAGGUGAUAGAAGUCUCCUCGACGUUGAUUCAGCCUCCCGCCCGGGGGAGGAUCUCCCCACACACCUUCCCUGUUUCCCUACUGUACGGGUUAAACCGGAGGAGAAGCCGGCGGCUCCGGCUCGCCCGCCCCAAGCGCCCACAGCAGCCGGGGUAACCGAGCCGAGCCCUCCGGGCCUCCCGCCCCCACAACCACGGCCCUCCCGGCGGCCCCAGCCCGGCUGCGCACGGAGGCGGCGUUUACUUACAGCACCCGCCAGGCAGAAAACUCACAGGUGGCCCAGAGCUGCCGGCGAUGAGGGGCUGAGAGGCGACCUCCUCCCCGGCAAGUCGGUUGCCUCAGUACCCGCGCGUGAAAGCGGCAGACUGGAGCGGGGGUGCCGCGCUCCGCUCCCCGCCGCGGGGCCGCGCAGCUCCGGCCGCUGCGGUCGCCCUCCCUGCGUGGGGCCGGCUCCCUCCCGCCCUUCCUCCCGCCCGGCUCGCGCCGCCGGCCAAUGCGGGCCGCGGCGAGCGGCCGGCUUUAACCAUCUGUUGCGAAGCGCCUCCUCCAAGAGCUGCCGCCUCCCUUGCCGGGGGGCUCCCGCCCAAGCACCCCGCCGAGGAGGUGGGGAGCCGAGAGAAAGAUUUAGACCGUUCCCCCCACCUCAGGAGCUCUUUGACCUCCGCGCCCUCAGGGGCCGCGGCCGUUGCUCGCCUCCCCUCCCCCACUCCCCUCAGGAUCACCGCCCCCUCAGGGCUGGCGCCCCUCACCUCAGCGCUCUCCUCGCCGCGCCUCUGCCCCUUUCCCUGCGCAGCACCCUCCCUGACGGGUGGGUGCCUUCCCGCAGGCCCCGCCACCGGUGA